AUGUCCUCCAUCCAGUUUCUCAGCGAUUAUCACUUCAACAACGAAACGCAGGUCGAUUUCAAACAGCCCAAGCACAACACCUGGCGUAUCGUCCAGAAGCUGGGCGAAAAAUGCAGUCGGGUCGACAAGACAGAAACUAACGGCGGAGCCAAGUCUUACGCUGCAGGCCUGUUCCUAUGCGAGAACACCCUCGACACUUCUCGGUAUGCCCACAUGAGGAUUUACAUGCAGGUCCCUAUGAUCGGUACUGAGUAUGAGCCGCCGUCCAAGAGAGCUAAGCAAGCCACACAAGUCACUCCCCGGGAGGCGCUUGCAUUCCUGAAGUUCAACGAGGAAGGCUCGACCAUCACUCCCGCUUUGCUUGGAUACAAGGAUACGAUCCAAGACGAUGACAUGCCCGUGCCGGGGGAGUUCUUAGUGAUCCUUGUUUGGGAGAUCGUUCCUGGGCUGCGUUUGGGCGACCAUGUUUCCCACAAGCAAUUCUUGAAGCUCGAUGAGGCGGAGCAAAAUCUGAUUCGGGAAAACUUCUUGCAGGGUUACAAACGCCUUCGGGAAUUCGGCUUCCUUCCCUUCUUCGGCACACCAAAGAACCUGAUCUGGGAUCGCGACAACGCGAAAGUGUAUUUCGUCGAUUUCUACCGCUGCAUCGAGGUCGGCCCGGGAACCCAGACAGAUGACGGGAUUCUCGCUGCAUGGCAUUUGAAGGAACAAACUAGUAGUGAUCUUAAAUGA